AUGGCCAAGAGGCUAUGUUGUGAAAGCAUGGGAAUGAGGAAAGGACCAUGGAGUGCUGAAGAAGAUCAUAUACUCAUUUCUCAUAUUCAAACACAUGGCCAUGCAAACUGGCGCGCCCUUCCUAAACAAGCCGGAUUGCUAAGAUGUGGUAAGAGUUGUAGGCUUCGUUGGAUAAACUAUUUGAGACCAGAUAUCAAAGGAGGAAAAUUCAGCGAGGAAGAACAAGAUUCCAUCUUAAAGCUACAUCAAAUUCUUGGAAAUAAAUGGUCUACUAUUGCAGCAAGAUUACCAGGAAGAACGGAUAAUGAAGUAAAGAAUUUUUGGAAUACACAUUUGAAGAAAAGGGUUCAAAAUGCCAAUAUUUCUAACUAUUCAUAUACUACUUUGCAAGAGGCACAGGCAAGUGACGGUUCUAGUAGUUUAGCCUCAAAUAAGGAUCCAUCUAUUGUUUCUUGUGAUACUAAUUUAGAACAAAGUAUGGGAAAUCAUGGUUCAUGUCAGAUAAGUGAAGAAAUGGAGUUUUGGUAUAAUGUAUUCAUCAAAUCAGGAUAGACAUCAUCACUAAAUGGAAAUCUAGGAUACUGUCUCAUGUGUACUUCUUUUUAUUUGCAAAUGUUCAUUUUCUAGGUAGAGUUAGUUUGGUGGUGCAAAUUGUAAGAGGAAAGAUAGAGUUAGUUUUGUAACGGAUUUUUGUUUUUUUUAGUGUCUUAGAUUUAAAGUCCCACAACCUAAUUUGCUCGCCUAUACAAAAUUGUGUUAAUUACUAGCUAUGGAUUUUUGCAGAUGAUACAAAAAUUAUUGGAGAAGAGAGUUGGAAUAAUUUUUGGUAUAUGAAGUCUAUAUUA